AUGGGUGCGUGUAUGUCGUCAGGGGGGAUGGUGGAGAUCACAGAGGAAGAUAAGCGGAGGCACAGGGAAGCGGAGAAAUAUCUCAAGGAAGCCAGGACCAAGAUGGUUUCCCAGGUCAAAGUUCUUCUACUAGGCUCUGGUGACUCAGGAAAAUCGACGGUUCUCAAGCAAAUGCGACUGAUUCAUCGGGUGCCCUUCUCGGCAGCAGAAAUCGAGACUUACCGCCAACUGGUGUUCAAUAACCUGACAACGGGCAUGAAUUACGUCUUCGAGGCCAUGGAGGACAUGGAGCUCGAGAUUGUAGAGGAGAACCUGCCGCACGUGGAACUCAUUCAGAAUGCUCGGGAUAUUCGUGAACACGAACCUUUUCCUAUAUCAUACUACGAGCCUUUGAGAGCUCUUUGGGCUGACAGCGGGGUUCAACAGGCCUACGGAAGAGGAAAUGAGGCUGCUCUUCCUGAAAACCUGUCGUACUUUUUCCCUUCACUAGACAGAUUAUUCGACCCAUCGUAUCAACCAACCGAACAAGAUAUCGUCCAGUGUCGAGCUCGCACUAUCGGGAUAACCGAGACGACGUUUCAGCUCAGAGACCAUGAAAUGCUUAUGGUCGACGUCGGUGGUCAGAAGAGCGAGCGGAGGAAAUGGAUUCACUGUUUCCAAGAUGUCACCAGUAUUCUAUUUCUAGUCAGUCUAAGUGGGUAUGAUCAAUGCCUUGUCGAGGAUCGGGAUGCGAACCAAAUGCAAGACGCUAUGACAAUAUGGGACUCGAUAUGCCACUCGCAAUGGUUCAAGCAGACAUCAAUAAUCCUAUUCCUGAACAAGGAUGACCUCUUCCAAAAGAAGAUCUCUCACUCUGACAUCAAAAAUUUCUUCCCGGAUUACGAGGGUGAACCGGGGGAUGCAAAAGCUGGGCGAGAUUAUUUCCGGCGGCGUUUUACACGGCUCGCUCACAAAGCGGGACGUUCCAAAGAACGCGAGAUUUACAUCCAUGUAACAACUGCAACUGAUACGGAAAUGUUGAGAGUAGUAAUGGCUGCUGUUGAAGGUCACAUCGUUCUUCGAUCCAAUCUCCAAAUCGCGGCACUAAUUUAA